CGAUACAGACGAAGGUAUGUCUGGAGCUGGACACCCAUUUGCACAGCCAAAGCCUUCCCAAGGACGUGAAGUUUGAACACACAGUUGAGAAUUCGUAAUGUAAUCUUCGGGCAUCAAACGUCUGCGUUCCGGAAGCGGUUCACCUGUCUGCAGAUAGUGAAAUGUAAAUCUAACGAUAUUAUUAGCAAGGACGACAAUGUCAAUUGAGCCUGCGUAAAUUUUCAGUUCCAAAACCUAACUUCGGACCAUUUCAAAUGCCUCAUUUUUGCCAACGAUUUUUUUUUUCUGUAGAAGACUGAACCACUGCGACGAUUGAUAGUAAAUCUAUUGCGGUAUGCCACCGCCUCUGGGUGCAUUUAAUUUGGCGGAUAACUAUUUUUGAGUUGAUGUCCAAUUUGAUUUGCACAUAUAUCACAGUCAGGCACCACACUUCGAAUGAAGUAUAAUAUCUCAGAAGGGCUUUCGUUCCAUAUGUCGGAAGGACUUAGGAAUCCUUCACCGAUUCGCACACGCACAUUCGCAGAGCAGGUGCUCCGAGAUUUCGUUCUCAGGUCUGCAGAAGUGGCACCUCUCAUCAUCGAGUUUGCCUAACUUCUUGAGAUGAUACUUGGACAGUGACCAGUUGAAAGCCCAGUUAUCGUACUUAGGUCUUUUUUGUUGAGGCUGAGUUACUGCACGGUUUUCCCGCUGUUUGGUUUUAUUAUACAUUCCAAUUUUGUCUUAUGACCCUCUCCCACUCAUCAAGUUCCGUUCAUAAACCCCUGAUGAGACGCCACUGAAAGGUUCUGGAGCUAUGAAAUUUCAAGAAGAGCAGUGUCUUGCUCAUGAAUCGGUUUUUUCAUUGCUUCAAUUCCACAGUGUCCCAGUGUCGGGUACCCAGUAUAAAAGAAUCUGGUUUCUUUGUACAAACUACCGAAAUGAAAGAAUGCAUUCCCACACUAGUUUAGCGCUUUGAGUACUGCCUGACUGUCGGAGAAAAUACAGAUAUUUGCAUUUAGGUAAUUCCUCUUAGACAGACUUAUGCAUGUUUAAUAAUUGCAUAGAUAUAAACUCACGACUGCGAAAUGUUCCAAGAACAGGUAAUUGUUCCACAAGUGUUCUAGCGACGGCUGCUCAAUCAGUUUCUCCGUAGUCACCCACAUCAUAGUUCACGAGCUACAACUUGAGUCUUUGAGGAACCGCCAUAUCCGUACGGCUCCAUACCUACCUUGGCUGAACCGCUAAUUUUUGGGCACUGCCAAGAGAAACUAGAAGAAAAUUUGUUCGGGAGGAGAGUCUCUAGAAGAAGCUUUGAACACAUUUCUGACUGUAUGCCGUUCCACUCCAACACCAGACCUCGUUGGGCAGUCACCGGCAGAGAUGGUAGGACCAAUGCGAUCUAAAUUGGCGCUUCUGAAAGCAUCAUUCAACAAUCAAAAGGAUAACCCAUAACUGAGAUGCUUCAAACCAGGUGAUGCUGUGCACGCUCAAGUACAUCUGGUGUCAUCAUCGAGCGCAUAGGAAAGGUCAACUACAAUGACAACUAUUACAACCAGUUGCGAAACCGUAAAAGUACGUUCCUACACGAAAUCACCACUCACUGUUUUCCUCGACGAAUUUGGCCUCCAACGUGAACUCAACGUAGUUGAUGCAGUUAUCCUGUGAAGGCUCCUGCUUCUGGAAAUCCAACUACUGGACAUGAAGAAGUCCGAGAAAUUCCUUCGUUACACUACUACCUACGGCUGAAGAACAACAACCCCUCGAACAAGCCACCCAGGAAGGAAGGAAAUAUUUCUGAGCAGACACCUUCCAGAUUCCAAUGGUAUUGGCUGUUUCAAGGAGGGAGAUCAAGGCAACCAGUGCAAAGUGGUCCUUGAAAGUAGAUUGUAAUGUUACCUUUGGACACAUCAGUCUCCAACCCUCCAAAGCGAAAAAAGCUUCCUCACCUUGGUUCGUGAAACCUUUACACCAGUUUCUAUUCAUCAUGAUUUGCAGUUACAAACGAAGUGAAAAUAUGGGCAAAUGGAAAAGCGUAAAUUAUUACUAGCGAAAUCAGUCGGCAAACUUGGUUAUGCACCACACAAGUAUUUCACCAGUCCUUAGUUUAUUUUUUUAUAUGGGGGGAUGUUUUGUGAUGAACUAAUUAUUUACUAAUAUUUAAUCAGAAUUUUUAUUGUAUGUUCUGCCACAAACGGUGACAUAUCAACACUACAAAGUCCUUAGUUAGUUCCACGAGUUUACACUUCGAGUAAAGUGAAAAUCAAACGGAACUGUCAGAAUAUAAACGCUCGAAAAAUUCAACUUUUCGCCAGCGUUUUUUUUUAUUCACUAGUCUGCUUGAAUAAAAAAAAUAAGCCUUCGAUUUCGUUGGAUCGAUUUGCCUACAGGUCCAAGUGAAGUGAACUCUCAACAAUUUGUGUUUUUCACGCGCGUGAAAAAACGAACAUUUUGUAUGAGAUUUUCACUUGGCUUGGAACUCUUAACAGGGCUUAAGCGAAUAACUUAGUUGUUAAUGUUUUCAGAUGUGAAUAGCUUUUGAAACUUUUCGAAACUAUAUCUUUAGAAGCAGUUGUUUUUACUGUAUCUUUGUAAAGAAACAUCAUAAUUGUCUAAAUAAUGUGGAUCAAUAAGCAAUUUGAUAAAAAAAAGAGCACGAUGCACAGCAUCAAAGCAUCUGAAGACAAUCAGAAAAUUUUUCCAAAGCAAAUAGUUGUGUAGUUUUUGUUUCCAACCAUUUUCGAAUAACCAGCAAUCAUAUUCUUAUUUACUAACACUCACGUCUAUUUACAUUCUCGUUGUUGUUUAACUUUUUUUUGCCCUCAAUCGCUCAAUCACUUAUCUAAAAUACAAUACUUCCACACCAAACAAAAAAUCAAACCACUCAAAUCCGUUCUCAGUGGGUAAGUAUGCUAGCAGCUAGCAUUAGUUUUGUUAAUAUCUUUUUUCCUUCUUUGAUUUUUUUAUUUCCUCUUUUUGUACGUAAAACUGUCGUAAUUUUUGUCCAACGUUCAUUUUGUUCCAAAGCUCAUCAUAUGAAAGAGCACAAUUUCUUUACUUGUAGGUGUUAAAAUUUUGUUUUUUAAAAUUUAAUAGUUCUCAUAUUUCGAUUUUUGCCAUGUGAUUGGUUUCAUUAUUUUUUUUUUAUCUCACAAGAUAUGCUCCCUUCCUCUCAAUUUGUCAUCCAAAAAGAGAAGGAAAUCUUUCUUAUUUUGUUCUUUUCUCUCUCCUUUUUCCUAAAGACAGACCAAUAUUACGAUGAAAAUAUAUUUAACAUAAAGGAAAGGUCGAAGAAGAAACACUCGAAACGAACGGGACACCAUCGCGACGACAGUGAGGAUUCGAACUCGGACUCGGCCAGCUCCGGUGAGGACUCGGACCACUCGGACCGCGAUGAUGAAAAGCGCCACAGAAAAUCCUCCCGCAAGGAUAAGAAAAAGAAAUCUUCCAAAAAGAAGCGAGCAAGGUCACGCUCUCAUUCCCAUGAUAGUUCUACACAAAAAUAUCCGGACAAGAGGCAGGACAAGAGCGGCAAUGCAAAAGAAAAGGAUCGACAGGAGAGUUCGAGUCUAGCUCGAGCUCGGAAUGAUCGUCGGGAGAAUGAGGACAGAAAUUCUCGGCAUCAGUCACAAAAACAACGCGAGCGAAACGACCAUCCUGAACGUGGGAGUAGAGUGGAUUAUUCUGCGAAAGUGAGCGAACGUGGAGAACGACGGAGUCGGUCCCGCAACCGCCGCUGGCAUAAAUCCGUUGACAGAGCAAGAUCAAGGUCAAAAUCUGUCUCUAAAGCUAGAGAUAGAUCUCCAUCACCAUCGAGGACGCGCGAAAGACAUAAUAGGGAAGCAGAAAAAUCGAAAGAUAGAAAAAAGGAUAGAUCACCGAAAAAAUCAGAUGGUGAUAAAAGAAAGGAUAGGAACAAGUCUCGCUCAAGGUCUAGAACACCUAUUAAAAAACGAGAAGAAAUAAAAUCUAGAGAUAGGGUACGAGAUCGCAGCCGAUCCAGAAGUUCGCCCAGAGACGAAACAAAAUCAAAAGAAAAACGUAGAAAUCGUUCAAGAUCAACUAGUAAGAAAAGGACGGAAACAAAAUCAAAAGAAAAACGGCAUGAAAACUCGCCUUCUAUAAGUCGUCAGCGAAACAGGUCCAAAUCCAAAGAACGGAAUCGAAACAAAUCAAAAGAGCGCAGGGAAAGUAAAAAACGUGAUUCCCCUAUUAGAGACAGGAAAAGACAACGAAGUAUUACUCCCGCUAGAAAAUCUAGUGUCUCUCCCGCAAAACCACGCAAGCGAUAUGAAUCGGAAAAACGAUCACGGAGCCGUACGCCAAGACGUAAAGAGCGUCCGAGGUCACCAGUGAACAACAGAAGAGCGAGAUCCAAAUCAACCUCCAAUAUUUACAAAGAACGUUCUUCGAACAAUCGCAAGGAAAAGUCUAAAUCUCCAGUUGAAAAACAAAAGCAUCGUUCAAAAUCUCCCGAUAACAAACGGAAGAAACGAUCGGAAUCACCGGUCAACCGAAAUACUAAACAUUCUAAACCAUCAGAAAGAGAUAGAAGAUCAUCUCCGGAAAUCUCUAAGAGCAAAAAGAGAACGUCUUCAAAAUCACCAACAAGCAAUAAGCCGCGUGGAGGCCAGCAACCCGCUGAUAAAUCUAAAACCAACCGCUCUGGAACACCUGAACAUAAACCCGCCUCGAGGACUCCGCCACCAAACAAGAAACAUACGCACUCACCAACCCCACAAAAGUCGCAGCCCCAAGCUUCCCGUUCGCUCACGGUUAAUAAUAAAAAAUCCAAUACGCCGGAACCGAAGCAGUCUAAAAAUACACGCAGUCGGUCAUCAUCCGCCUCUUCCGGAUCCACAUCGUCCGAUCUGAGUUAUUCACCCGCCCAACGGGACCCUGACAGAUAUCGUGACAUACUCGAAAAGGCUACGAAACAAAAAAAAAUUAAAACAUCUCGAUCUCCAUCCAAGGGAAAGCAUAACUCAUCGUCUUCCCGUUCGCCCCGCUCUCCAGAACGGGUGACAAAACAAUGCAGUCCUCCUCCGAGCCAUGCGCAGCAGCAACAUCGAGAAUGCACACCGUCGUCGUCACCUCCGGCCCGACAGGAAACGAUUUCUCGCUCAAGAUCUUCGUCAAAGAAACGCGAACAUGGAACACCUCCGCUGGUAAAUGCACCGACAAUGAGCAAGAAACCGAAAGCUCGAUCACGUUCGCCAGCGAUGAAAAAACGUAGAGAUUGCACACCACCUCCGAUUCCGCCACCUAAAUCGAGCGACGCCAGGCCAUCUGCUCCCAAACAGGAUCGAGAACAAACUCCUGAGCACAGCAGAAGAGAGAGUGCCAGUCGUGUGCGAACCCAUUCUCCAGAAACGAGAAGCAAAUCGCCGAAACAUUCGCCCCCUUUAACGAACGAUAAACCCAAGUCAGCCAAAAAAUCUAAGAAAAAGGUACCGCACGUAGUGCAACCAGUUGUGAAACUUCAAUCUCCAGCCUCGUCAUCGUCAGAUUCGGAAAACUCCAAUACGCAAGAUCAACCUAACAAAUCCAACAGGAAAGAUCGGUCUGAUCAUUUGGAUGCGUUCCUACCGUCUUACGGAGACAACCGCGAAGACAAAGACCUCUGUCUGCUGAAUGCGUUGAAAAACGAUUUAGCCGCUAAGGCAAAGCAAUGUCUUGAAAAGAAAAAAUCCGUUUCGGAAAUGUCCAGCAAGGGUGAUCCUUCGGAGGUAGGUCCUCCACGGGUGGGCGAAAGUCGUGAACGUAGUAUUCAGAUUCAGCAGUCCAAAACGGCUGCUAACCUAGCAGCCGUCAACACGGUCACCGCGGUUGGUAGUGGUAGAGGAAUCGAAUUCAGUACCGAGCCUCAGGCUCCGCAGACGCAGGAGCCCCCUAGAAAGAAGGACUCCCCCGUCCACAGUAAUCACAGCGGUGGGAACAGUGCUGGCGUUGACACGCUCAGCAGCUGUAUGAAAACCAACCAGAUCAAGAAAGAUAUCCACGAUAUUUUAACCACUGUCAGUGCAUGCCGCAUGGAGGAUAACAAAAGCAACAGCGUUGCUGUAAGUCUGGCCAAAAGUACGAUUUUGAGCGCAGUUGAUAGCAUUUUGAAAGAGAAAAUUUCCGGCGCUAUUGAAGCGGCAAACCCAAGAAAGUCCCGCAGUACUUCCAAAUCACGAUCGAGGUCACGUUCCAGAUCUCAUAGAUCCCGUAGCUACAGCAGCUCCAGUUCCAGCUCUCGCAGUUCCCGCUCGCGCAGUCGUUCAUCUCGAUCACGUUCGCGAUCCAGUCGCGACAGCAGUCACUCCCGCUCGCACAGCAGCACGUCCCGUUCCCGGUCCAGAACGCCACCUCCGCGCCGUUCUCGCUCGCCAUCAAUACCACGUCGAGCCGGUUCUCCCAGUUUCCUAGACAGACGCCGAAUCACCAGUGCCAGGAAACGUCCAAUCCCAUAUCGUCGGCCGACUCCGUCGUCUCAAUCGAGUGGCAGCAGUUACAACAGUUGCAGCCGCUCACGAUCUCGAAGUCGUAGCAAAAGUGGUUAGAUCUGUUGACUAUCGCCACGAUGAAAAAGAAAUUGUAUCGAAGCUCGAUCCGUGCGACUGUCGAGAGUAUUUUAAGGUACACAAAUGAAAAAUCAAAAACAAUCAAUUGAAAGCAAGCAUCCGGCUACCAGAUGAUGGUAAUAAUAACUAAUAUUAUUAACCGAGAUACUCAUUAAGUUUCAAACUGAUUUUAACUAGUCACCAAAACAUAUUCUCUCUCAAAACUUUACAACAUUCCAACUAACAAACUUCUCCGAAUUUUGGGCUUUAUUGAGGUUCCUUAAAGCUUUGAGUUUCCUUAAAGCUUUCUGGAAUUGAUCUUGAUUCUUUCCAUCUAGUCAUUCUUUUAGGUGCAAUGGAACACAUAUAAUAUCGAUUUUAUUACUACUAGUCAAAUACGUCUAAUUUAUUUAUUUAUUCUAAAGACCUAAUCAUUUUCAUCGCUAGUUUAACUCAUAUCAUUUUGCAAAACAUGAAUUUCGUUGUCAUAAAGAUUAACUAGUAUUCAAUGGUAAAUACAAUGUGAUUAACAGAAUACAUUAA